AUGGCGCCCUUCUUGCUCGAUAAGCUAGCAACACUUUUGAUGACUGCUUCCAUAGCACUGCUUCUUGUACUUCUUUUACUGGUGCUUAUUGUGUGGAAAGAGCACAGGAAAUAUGACCAUAUUCCUGGACCUAAACGGAGGAGUUUCUUACGUGGAAACUUCUCAGAAGUUGAAGAAAAAGGAAAGCUUCUUUCUGAACUGUUUCUAGAUCAUGCUCUUGUGUAUGGGCCUAUAUUUGUCUGGUGGUAUUUUUUCUGGCCAAUUGUGGUAAUAUCAGGCCCAGAAUUAAUAAAACAUGGUUUAGUAACUUUAAACCUUCCAAAGGCACCAUCAUCGUACGACAGUUUAGCAUAUAUAUUUGGACGACACAGAUUUCUUGGCUCUGGGCUGGUUACUCAGUUGAAUCAUCAAAAAUGGAAGUCAAAGAGAAACCAAUUAAAUCCAGCCUUUCAUCGCAGUUACUUGAAGGAUCUGGUCCCACAGUUCAAUUCUAUCGCAGAUGCUCUUAUUUCAAAGCUGUCAAAAGUUGCUGAUGGGAAAACUGUCAUUAAUAUGGUGGAUGAAUUCCAAAAAGUGACUUUGGAUGUCAUUGCAAAGGUAUGGUAGUGGAAUCAUUUUGUAAAGCAGUUGUUUGGUAUUAUGGCCAAGUAAGAAAGUGGGGGCUUAUUCAGGGGAGGGUGCAUAUUAGAGCACGGGGGAUCAUUCAGGGAAAUAUGGUAGCUCUGUUAAAUUUAGAUCACUGUAAAAUUCUGAAAAUAAGCCCCAGGGCCUAUAUUUUUCAAAGGACCUUUUUGAGGGGUGUAUUUUUGGAAGGGGCUUAUAUUCGGAGGGGCUUAUUAUAGGAGGGAAAUCUGCAUUUCAAAAUUGGCUGGGCUUAUAAUUGGAGGGAAUUUGUGUCAAAAUUUUUGAAUGUGCAACUGGUAAUAUUAAGGUUUUGGUUAGAAAUUCGUAAUAAUUUAAUCACACUGAAAAUGCCAAGUUCAAACACAAUAGCAAUAAACUUUAUUAGAACAGAAAUACAGUAAUAACGGUAAUGUAGUUCAGGCUCAAAGUUCAUGAUAACUAUGAAAGCUCUUAUUGCUCCAGGAGUACUAGAGGGAGUUUUGGUUCAGGGUGGCAAGAUUGAACUUCCUUGCAAAUACUUUGUUCUACAGACCGAAGGAAUUCAAAGCACAAGUGAAGAGCAAACUGGGUAAAAGACAAUAAACUUCAACACCUGUUGACCACAUUGCUUUAGUGCACGGAAUCAUUCUUUUAUGACUAAAAAAGGCUUCCUGAUAAUGGGGAUUAUGUGUAGUUUGCUUUGUAUAAUUAAGGAUAAUUUCCAAAUACAAGCUCCCAGGGGCUUAUAUUCAGAGGGACUUGUUAUAGAUAUUUUUGCCUUUCAGAUUAGGAGGGCUUCUAUUCAGAGAGGCUUAUACAUGGAGGGGCUUAUUUUUGGAAUUUUAUGGUAUGUUAUAUUUAUUAAAUCAUUCUUAUUUUGCUCCUUAAGGUUGCAUUUAGCCUGGAUUUGCAUUGCUUGGAUGAUCACAACUGCAAAGUCCAUAGAAAUCUUAGUAAGUGUCUGGAAGGUUAUUCAGAGAGCUAUUACCAGCCUCUACUGUCCUUGUCACUUUACAAACAAUCGUACCAGAAGACCAUUUCCACAUCAAUAUCUGUUUUGCGUCAAUGCGCAAAGGAAUGUAUAGAACAGCGACUGCUAGCCAUGGAAGACUCUAAGAAAAGGCCUAACGAUAUACUCCAGAUGAUCCUGGAGGCUUUUGAUGUGAAUUCAAAGAAUAGUCAUGCUAUCAUGGAAGAACUUGUGGAUGAGUUCCUCACAUUUUUCUUAGCAGGUAAUGUUUUUGUGUUAAAAUUUGUUAGCUUGUGUAGUAACUGUGCCAGAUUGUCAUGCAAGGAAGAAGAGGUUUCAAACUCCAGACCAAGCCAACUCUCAGUGUCCUAAAAUAACAGAGGAGAGUGUAUUGCCUUUGCUGUGACAUCUGAAAAUGGUUAGAAAUAAAAGUAGUCUUCUCUCAGGAAAGGAUGACAAACCAUAAGCCCUGUCUCCUGUAUCUCUAUUAUGCUGGUUAGCAGGGGCCGUGAAAAAACCAACACACUUCUCCCAACAAGUAGGGAACAUAGCUGCAGGUGCCAUGGUCUGGCCUUGUUACUUUUUAUAAAGUUUCUCAUCUAGCUCAACUUUAAAGGUAAACUGGGCCAGCCUGUCUAAAUGUGGCAAAUGAGUGAAUGAUUCAUUUUCUCUAGCUGUACAUUCUUGAGUCUUCUCAAUUUAGGAGGUGUAUAGCCUUGUUUUUGUGUGUCGUGAGAAAAAUUUCAGAGGGUUCUUGAUCCAGUAAAGGAAUUGGAUCACAGUUGAAUGAGCCCAUGCUGAAACUGACAAAAAGUCAGUCACCGAAAACACUUGUUUUCAGAACCACUCCCACUAAAAUGAUCACUGACUACGCAAUAAUUCUCCUAGAUUCAAACACUUGACUAAAUGUAUUAUUUGUAACUGUGACUGUUGCUUUGACAACCCCUAAGGAAGUUAUGACAUGUCAAUGUAUCAAAAAGUUUCUGUUACGAUAUCACUACAACUGCCCCCAUUAUUUUCCCAUCGGAGUUCACCCUGUGACAGAUGAUACAGCCCCCCCCCCCCCCCCCCCCCCCACUCUCCUAUAAGAGAAAAUUCCACUGAGCAUAUAUUGGAUCUGUUAACUCAUUAAUUGUUUCAGAUUUUAAAAUUUGUAUUCUUUUUCUAUGACUUUCUACAGGGCCAUAAGUUUAUUAGCCCGUCACUUUUACUUGCUACCCUGUCUUAAUAAAGCAUUUAUUGUUAUUAUUAUUAUUAUUAUUAUUAUUAUUAUUAUUUUUAUAGAUUUAAUUUUGUUUUUAGGUCAAGACACAACAGCAAACCAACUUAGCUUUACCUUGUUAGAAACUCUGUUGAAUGAAGACAUUGAAAACAGGUUUGUGAUGCAGCUACUGAAUAGAUACUUGAGUAAUUAGUAGGGUUCUUUCAAUUUGACAUUCCUUUUGCUGAAAAGGGUGUGAAAAUUUUUGUAUUGAAUAGUGCAGUAUUACAUUGAAAUUUUAGGGAGAAGUUGGUCGCCUGACAUGACCCAGGGUCUUAAUUUUCACUUGAGGCAAAUCAUGAUAUAUACAGCACUAUGAUGAUGAUGUCCAUUUAACAAUUAGAUUCCUUUCUGCUGUGCAUCUGGUACUUCUGUUCAGUAAUAGAUCACAGAUGAGAUCAUAAUAAGAUUAGAACAUUAAAGUAGCACAUGAGGAGCAGCCAAGUGUGUCACUGAUAUAGCAUUUUUUGAAGUCCUAUGUGAUAUAUCACUGAACAGACACAGAGUGAUAUGGAAUCUAUUUGUUUUAUACAGUGCAUGAUAAAAAAUUAACAUUUUCUUAUAGUUUUCUACAGCUUGUAGUCUGUCCUCCAAUAAGGAGGGAGCAGUCAAAAUGCAUUUAUACAUCAAUCAGUUUAUCAUAUAAAUAGAAAUGCUUAAUCUUCUCACAUUUUUUUCAGGAUAUUUCAGGAGGUGGACGAUGUCAUAGGAGGAAAAGAGAGUGUUGAAUUUUUGGACAUUGCAAAGAUGCAGUAUCUUGGGCAGACACUUAAAGAAAGUCUACGAAAACAUCCAGUUGUGGGGGGUAUUGCCCGUGUCACUACAAAAGCUGAGAAAUUUGGACAAUAUUUAAUACCUAAAGGAGCAAAGUUACACUUUUCAAUUUUUGUCUCUCAUCACCUUCCUGAAUUCUGGGACAAUCCAGAAAGCUUUCUUCCAGAGAGAUUUGCAGACAAUGUUAAGCCUUCAAACUUUGUUUACCUUCCAUUUUCUUGUGGUCCAAGAAUUUGCAUUGGAAAGGUUUUCUCAGCUAUCAAUGCUACCAUUAUCAUGGCACGCAUUUUUCAAAAAUUUAAAUUUCAGUUGGUGCCUGGGCAGACUGUGCAGCGGGAUGACAAUCUCACAAUUUUCCCUAAGGAUGGAGUCCUGUGCACUGUCAAGGAAAGGAUAUCAGCAAUUUGA